AUUGAUCGUCAAUUGCGCGAGGACAUAAUUGCCAAGCGAAACGAGCGAAUGGCUAGUCGUAUAAAUAGUUUCUUCAUGAAUAAUCCACAUCUUACGAUAUUCUCUGCUUUUGGAUCAGGACACUUUUUCGGAAACGACAGUGUUCUCUCGCAUCUUCAGCGUAUGGGUUACAUCGUCGAAAAUAUUCGAGAGCAGGAUACAAUGUGA